CAAAAGGAAGGGCAUGGUGUGGAUGGAGCAUCCGUCCCAAGAAGCCCCUGGAAGCCUGGUUCGUUCCGGGAGAAGUCUAGGCAGACAGAGUGGAAAGACAGUUCUAACCAAGUCCCUGGCAACUGUCGGGUUGAAAGCUCAGUGGGGGCUCGGAGCCCUUCUGACAGCACUCCAGAAGACGACGGAAGCUUCCAGACCGUGUGGGCCACACUGUUUGAGCAUCACGUGGAGAGACACACGGUGGCUGACCAGUCCCGACACUGUCCCUCGGCCACGCCCCCCAGAGAUGUGGCCGAUGCCCGUGUGCCAGAAAUCGGACCCAGGCACGAGAGAAGCUCUUGGCUGGGGAAGGAUCUGCCGGAAAAGACAAACGUCACGAAACAGAACUCCAGAUGGGUUGAAAAUCCCCAUACAGAGAGAUGGGGACGGACCACCCUUUCGAAUGGUGAACCCAAACAGUAUCACGUGCCCUUCCCAGAAGAACAGCCUUUGGAUGAAAAACUCAAUAAAAACCCCUUCCUCCAAUGCUCUGAAAAUCCUCCCCCAUCCCAGAGGGUCGAGCCCAAGUAUGACAUCGUGCACACAGUGGGCAAGUGUGCGCACAGUGAGGCCGUCUCUGCGGCAUCGGGGGAAAAAGCCAUGACCCUGCGAAGCGGGAGGUCUCGCCUCUCCCCGAGGCAGUCCCACGAGGUCACCCCUGCUGACCCGGAGUGCAGGCUGGAAGGUCAGGCGGGGUCUGUCCAAAGGGCCAGUUUGAUUUGGGAAGCUUGAGGGACUCAUGAAGGCAGUGAGCCAAAGCCUGACUUCCGAGAGCCAAAGGACACGUUUGGGGGCAAGUGCCUGUCACCCAGAUGGAUAUGUGGGGUGACCGUGAACUGGCAUAAAGCUACCGUGGUGGCCAAUGAAGAGAAAGGCUCAGAACGGAGCCCCGAGGUCAACAGCAAGCGCUCAGCCAGGCCCUGCGGCCCCGAAGCCAGCUCUGGGAGGGCCAUCCAGGCUGCCAUCCGGGAGGCCGUGCACGAGGGGCCUGAUGGGGCCAGGAACAAGUCAGGAGUCUGCAGCUCAGCGGGGGAAAGGGGUCCCCACCAGGGAUUCCCCCUGGACCUUCCUCCCAGGGGUAAGGAUGAGCCGUCCAGCUUUCGGGCACAGCCGCAUCCAGAAGUGCUCGUGCAGAAGGGGCCCCUCGCUGUGGCUGCUGGUGAGGGUGAGCCAUGGCCGGCCCAGUCGCCGGAGCCCGAGGCCAAGAUGCGGAAGGCGGGUCCCACGGACCAGAGGAUUGAAAGGUGGCGGCGGCGGACGUUGCCCCACGACGUGAAGUUUGAUGAAUUCCGCUUCCUGGCCCCAGAAAACUCCUGGAAGGUGGAGCAGAGACGAACAGACCAUUGGAGCCCCACCACCAGUGCCUUAAGAAAACCUGAGCUAUCCCACCACCGGUUGGAGACCCAGGAGGUGAGCCCAGGUGCUUCCCAGGACCCGACUCGGCCAGCGGUGAAGCAGGGGUCCUCUUUGGAACCCAGGGCGACAUUUUUGGCAGUGACCUAUCAGCUUCCCGAUACUCAAAAAGCGAAGAGCAUUGGUAAGUCAGGGCCUGAAAACUUGACGGAACAUCCUAGAAAAACAGUCCUGCCUCCUUCUCCUCAUCCUCUAACAUCCACCUUGGUUUCUCUUAACCAUGAAGAGCCACUGGAGCCCAAGGGCAGUAACAACUGGGCAGAGGGCAAAGAACGCCACAACAUCAGCUGCUCAAAACCUCCGAAGCCAACGGACCGCCCAUCACCUCUUGGGGACAGGAUUCUGGAGCCUUCUAGUGAAAGAAUCAUGGAUGCUGAUGCUUUGUGGGUCCGUUGGGGCCCAGAAGAUGGCGCCGGUUUUCAGAACAAUUGGAAGGAUGGUGGGAACAGGACAUCCCCCAGCAAUGCCCCCAAAACACCCCCAGGUUCCAAAAGCCACCCGGAAGCCAGCGAUCUCCUCAUCAGAAGGGACCCUGAGGUGGUCAGUGCGAGGGUCCCAGGGAAGACCAGAGAUGGCUACAGGUCCAGCGUUCUUGACAUUGACGCCCUGAUGGCAGAGUACAAGAAGCAGGAGGGUCAGGAGCUGGUGGAGGGUAUGCCCGCGGCACCUAGCGGCUCGACUCAGGAGAGGCCGGGCCAGCAAGGCAGGGUGGAACCAAGAAGGAGGAGCUGGAAGGAGAGGUCUGAAGCUGAGGGUCCCCGGAAACAAGCCAGUUCUGCCGAAGCAAACCACGGUUCCACUCCCUGCUCGGGCAAGCAGCCGGCAGAGGCCCCAGGGGCAGCUGCGAACACCAAAUUCAGCCCUCCUCUGUGGGCUCUGCCACCCUCGGCUCCUACUGAGAAAUAUCCAGGGGCCUCUUCUGGCACCGCGGGUCCCAGGAGAAAAGUUUUGGGAAUCCCUGAGGAUGACAGAAAGGACUUGGUUAGUAAACAUCUGAGUGCAAGGUACCAGAAUUCCACAGCCGAGUCGAAGCCCACUCCCUGGGAGGAUCUGGGCAGUGGGGCCUGCGUGUUGUCCAGAUCCUCUCCCACUGACCAGAAGGAAGGGACCCCAACGAAAUCCAUCAGGAGGGGAGAGGAGGGCAGUGUGGUCCAGUGGGGUGAUCGCCCGUACGACUGUGGCAGGUCACCGCUGAAUGUCAAGAGGGCCUAUUCGGAAAAAGGCCCCCCUGCCAAAAUCCGAGAGGGCCUGUCUGUCAUGCAGGAAGCCAGAGAGAGGAGGCAAGAGCAACCCAAAGGGAGGUCCAGCCUCCCCGGAGACAGUUCUGAG